CAGUUGCGAGUAGUGCGAGAUGCCGAGCGGUACCCCAGAAAUUCAAUACUACGACGGGGACGAGCUCAACAUCCGCCGGGUGAUCGAGCAGUCCGAUCUGCAGGCUCUGGACCAGGCCCUCAACAUCUGCGACCUGUCCAGUGUGGAGCGGAAGCACCGCCUUUGGCAGCAGCUCCUGCCCCGGAUAAAGCCCUACUACGCCGUCAAGUGCAAUGACGAUCCCGUGGUGGUCCAGCUGCUGGCCGAGUUAGGAGCUGGAUUCGACUGCGCCUCUAAAAAUGAACUCAAACUGGUCUUAGGCUUUGAUGUGUCACCAGAGCGCAUUAUCUUUGCCAAUCCCUGUCGACCCGUCAGCCAUUUGGAGUACGCCAGGGACAACCAAGUGGCCAAUGGCACCGUCGACAAUGAGUUUGAGGUGUACAAGCUGCACAAGCACUAUGCCAACUCCAACCUAAUUGUGAGAUUCAAAAGCGAGGCCAAGGAGGCGCAGUGUCCGCUGGGCGACAAGUUUGGCUGCGAUGCGGAUGUGGAUGCCGCUGCCCUAAUGCUGCUGGCCAAAUCCUUGGAUCUGAAGGUGACCGGCACCAGUUUCCAUGUGGGUUCCGGUUGCAGCGAGCUGGAGGCCUACGACCGGGCCAUCAAGAAGGCAAAAAAUCUCUUCAAAUACGGCGGCCUGCUGGGCUAUGACAUGGACUUUUUGGACAUUGGAGGCGGUUUUCCCGGCAGCGAUGACGAAAAGUUUGCAAGGAUAGCCGAAAGUGUCAAAACCUCGGUGAAGCGACACUUCCCCGAUGAACGUGUCCAAAUAAUUGCCGAACCAGGACGUUUCUUUGUGGCGGCUGCUUACACAUUGGUCUGCAAGAUUCAUGCCAAGCGGGAGGUUCGCAAUGAGUCUGGAAAACUGGACACCGUGAUGUACUACCUUAAUGACGGCGUCUAUGGAUCUUUCAACUGCAUUCUGUACGACCAUCAAGUGGUGACUGCUGAGCACUAUCUAGAUGAAGCGGAUGCCUUGCCCCAUUUGAAGUCAUUAAUUUGGGGACCCAGUUGUGACGCUUUUGAUAAGAUAUCAGAGAAUUUGUUCUUGCCCAACAUGAACCGAGGCGAUCUUUUGGGAUUUCGCAACAUGGGAGCCUACACAAUGCCCAUUGCCAGUCCAUUCAAUGGAUUUGAGGUCCCCAAGACUCUGUACUUCCGGGCAAUAUGACUAAACCAUUUGUUAAAAGCUAUCAAAUCAACACUGGCUUGCACUUGUUAUCAACAAAAAUUAUUUUCUUGUUUGAUUUUAAGUUUUUUCAUAUUAAAAUGUGUGCUAGAGAUUUUUUUGCUACAAAACCAGGAAGUAAAAAUAAAUA